AUGUUCGUCUUCCGUCGGGAUGACCUCCCAGCAGACCCUGAAUUUCCAGCCCAGCUGGACAAACUGGGAUACUUCAUCAAUGACAAGGACCAGAUCCGCAAGAUCUCUGACCCCGAGCAGGAAUUCCAGUUCAAAAUCAACAAAAAUCCAAGAUGGAACGAGCGGCAGAGGGAAGUGAUGAACGUUUGCAUCCGCCAAGUUGUCCUGUCUCGUCUACGUGCUCUCGGCCUAACAACCUUGAAACUCCCGCUUCUUUCUACGCCUGGUGAUCCCCAUGUCCCAGUCCUGGUCUCCUCGAACCUGUCGACCGCGUCCAGAGUUAUCGUCGUGCUCGGUGAGCCUGUGCAGGACUUGGCCAUCUGGGCAUACCGCAGCGUCGGCACAGAGGGCAUCGACAUCGGCUCCGCAGUGCGCUUUGCCCGUGCCGUUCUUCAUUCAGGCCAUUCUUCACGUCCAAAAACUGGCACGGACAAAACCGCUUCUACCCAGACAGUCCCCAACCACUCCGAUACGGCGCUUGUCCUAGCGAACACCGGCCAAUUGAUCUGGCACUGCGGCUCGCAGAGCGCAAUGACGCUACAGUCAUGGCUGGCUCUGCCUCGUGCAUCGGCCGUGGACACACCGUUAACCAUGACACACCGGAACAAGAUACCCAAGAAUGGCGAUUGGCAGGAACAUAUCAACUGCGUGUUUGACGAAAUUCUGGCCCCCGGGAGUCGUAUUGUUCGCGUAAAUGCGCAGAUUCAGAUCGUGGGUAUCGCGGACGGUGGACUGGGCGCGAUUAGGUAUUUGGCUGAUCGUUGGGAAACUUGGCACACACGCAUCAACUCCAUCUGCCUAACCAACCCUCUCCACCUCACUCACCUAGAGCUCAGCACCAACACAGAUAUCGAUGUCAAUGUCGAUGUCGACUCCGCCACUGCCGCACCCACCUCUCCUACCUCUUCUUUCCCUGCUUCUUCCUCCUUCGCAACCUUCAUCGCUACCCGUUGCCGCGCCUACGUCCUGUCCGAAGAACCACUCGGCCUGCCCGUCCCUGGCGCCGCCGAACACGGCUGCAACUGCUUCUCGUCCGGCGAGGCGUUGAACGUCGAGUGUAUCUUUCCGCGUGCCUGCGAUGCCAUGCUGGCGUGGCUUGAUAAGACUUAUCGGGAACCGGAGUUCUGUGAGUCGGCAUAUGAGGUGGUGGAGUUUGAUGGGGAGGAUGGGGAGUUGUCCGCUGGGGGUGGGGUGGAGGUUGUUUCCACGGGCUCGGCCUAA